AUGAUGAUUACUCAUAAUGAUUUCAAACAAUACAAAAGAGGUACACGUAUUUUAACUAAAACAUUUUCAUCGACAUCAAAGCAAAAAGAUAUAGCAUUAGGAUUCCUUCGCUACAACAGUGAUACAGAUGAUCCCUUAAGUACAAUAUGUAUGUAUGAAAUAUGUAAUGAAAGAACAGCAUUAGAUAUUGAACAUAUAUCACUAUUUCAAGAUGAAAAAGAAGUAUUGGUUCUACCAUAUUCUUCAUUUAAAAUAAUUGAUAUUAAACAACAUGAAAACGGUUCACCCAAAGUUGAAAAAAACUAA